GUGACAAGCCCUAUAUAACACCAGCUGCCACCAGACCUCCUCAGCUGCCCACUCCUCAGGGUCCAGAGAGAGACAGCAUGGCUGCUCGUCACUUCAACCCUCUGUUCUUGGCCUCCCUGCUGGCCCUGCUAGCCCCAGUUCCUGCUCUGGAGAUUGAAAACCUGGGAAGACUGAAUACAAGUUUAUCUGAAAUCCUUAAUCUCCACUCCUUUGAGCUUCUUGCCGAGGCAAAUGGAGCCGAUGACCAUGAGAAGUUGAACAUGACGAGUCGCCUUUCAUAUGGAUCAACACACGAGAACAACAUCAGGGAUUGCAGUGAUCUCCCUCCUAACAGCCCCAGUGGCACCUACGCCAUCCAGCCCCGGGGGUAUAAGGUCAUCAUGGUGUACUGCGAGAUGGAUGAGUCAGGUGGGGGCUGGACCGUGAUCCAGAGGAACCGGCAGGACACGGAUGUCAACUGGGCCGAGACCUGGAGCGCCUACAGGCAAGGCUUUGGGAACUUGAAGGGUGAAUUCUGGCUGGGCAACGAGUACAUCUACCAGAUCGCCAUGCAGAGGUCCUACCAGGUCAAGUUUAUAAUCUGGGAUGCUUCAAACAACAAGCUGUUUGCAGACUACAACAUGUUCCGCCUGGACGAUGAGUCCCAGGGCUACAGGCUGAGGCUGGGGGCGCACUCGGGGACAGCAGAGGAUGCCAUGGCCCUCUUGAACAACUCCAUCAUCCACGACAACAUGAAGUUCUCCACUAAAGAUCGAGAUCAGGACACUUUCAGUGGGAACUGUGCUUCCAACUCUGGGGGUGGGUGGUGGUACUCGGCGUGUUACUCUGUGCUGCUGAAUUUUGAGGGGCCCCUGACAUGGGGAGACUCGUGCCAGGCGAACUGCCAAGCCUCUACCAUCCUCAUCAAGCCCCUCAAAUGCUAGCUGCAUUUUAAUUUCCUUUCUGUCCAACCUGUGGCCAAUUCUGGCUCUGCAAAGAGCCAGAACAAGGCAAAACUUGCCAUGACCAAACCAGGGGGUCUUUGCAGAGGUUGAUCAUACUUAGCUACCAAAGAAAUAAGGCAUUUUUCACUUCUUCUCCUUCCUGUACCUUCUCUCUACGACUGUGUCUAUGUCCUCUUGUUCAGAGUCAGAUCACUUUAAUUAUGUUAAUAAUCAGAACAGUCUCUUGGAAACUCAGAAGUCUCCAGAUCAGUUGUGUGCUUCAUAUAAAAUGUGAAAUGGUCAACACAAUAGACUUUCAUGGCUUUAUUAGUUCAUUUACAUCCUUAAUUUCAGGGAAAUUACCUAAUUUUCACUUGCUGAAGAUCUUGCUCAAGAUAUUAACAUGCACAGUCAACUUCCUACUCUGAAUCUCCUGUACGUAGGGCUUAACAGAUGUUAGAUUGUCAAAUAAAUCAGUAUGCAAAGAA